GCUGCGUGAGAGAUGCUCCAGCCUGUUUGCUUCGGACAUCCUCGCCACUGUCCUGAGGCGGUCUUGUUCGAUUCGAGACUUUGUAUAGGGCCGCUUCGAGGCCAGCUUUCGUGCACUCCAUGUGCCCCCUGGUCAGUUACCUGCCCCUGCUCGUCCAGCCGACGCAUCCUCAACCUUUCUCCUGCUCCCGUAGCCUCUCUGCUUCAAUAUUAAGCCCAUCAUCGAGUUUGGCGGCGUUUUUCAAUAGGCGCAGCACAAUCCAUUCGCAACAAUGCAGGUGAUCGGUCAGCUUCUGCUGCUCCUCGGCGCUGCGCAGGCCGCGAGCGCUGCUGCGCCCAUCGGCAAGGUUCUUGAGCUGAUGUCGAAGAUGGAAGCGACCAUCGUCCAUGAGGCCGAAGAGGCCGCUAAGCUCAAGGCGGAAAAGGACACCUGGUGCAAGGAUACAGCCGUGAAUCUUGGCUUCGAAAUCAAGACAGGGACAAGCGAUGUUGCCGACCUGGAGGCCAAGAUCGCGAAGGAGACCGCUGCCAUCAGCUCCCUCACGGAGAAGGUCGAGGAGCUCGCGGGCCAGAUCGCGAGGGGAGACAAGGACCUCCGCGCGGCCACCAAGAUCCGCACCGAGGAGGUCGGCGACUUCGAAUCCGAGGAGAAGGAACUCGUGGAAACGAUCGGCACGCUGCAGCGUGCCAUCGCCGUGCUGGAGAGGGAGCUGGCCAAGUCGGGCGGUGCAGCCCUGGUGCAGGUUCAGGGCGCCAGCUCCGUGGUUCAGGCGCUCGAGGUGAUGGUCAAUGCGGCCAUGUGCAGCCAGGCGGAUGCCUCGAGGCUCACCGCCUUCGUGCAGAGCAUGCAGCAGUCUGGCGAAGACGGCGCUGGCGCCCCCGACGCAGCCGUCUACGAGAGCAAGUCCGGCAGCAUCGUAGACGUGCUGGGCGACCUGCGGGACAAGGCAGAGUCCUCGCUAUCGGAUGCUCGCGCCAAGGAGAGCAAGGCCCAGCACGCGUUCGAGCUCCUCAAGCAGGAGCCUUGGCAGAAACAUUGGUCGUCACGGGCCCUGCCUGGGGGGCCAGUGACGUCGCGUUUUGCCCGAGCGCCUCUGCUCAGGUAUCGUGUUCUGUGUCGCUGGAGGCAUCGCCUCCAGUAAGGGUUCGCGGUCGGUGAUGCUAGCGUAUCGUUUGUUUACAGUAUGCCAAACUUGCAUUGAGUGUGGCUGGCGCGUGGGCUCCAGUAUGACGGAAAGAGCGUUCACGCGGUUCCGUUUUUGGUAGGGCGUC